GUGUUGUUCCAGAAGAUCUCGAUUUUGUGUAACUUUUUUUUAAGAGAACAGUCGCUACCAGCCCUGCACUACUAGAUUACAAUAAUUUUAUUAAGUUGAAGAUAGCUCAGAGCUAUUUUCAUUUUUGCGAAAUGUUCAGAAACUGUAGCAGAUUAUUGCGCCGGGACGGCCUGCAGUUAGGAGAUUAUUCUAGAAAAUUCCACCUGACUAAAGUGCUUCCAAGUAGUGUCGAUCCGAGCAAGUACCCUUUGGAUGGGAUAAAGAUUCUGGACCUGACUCGAAUUGUGGCUGGGCCAUAUUGCACAAUGGUGCUAUCCGAUAUGGGAGCAGAGGUGUACAAAGUUGAACGACCCUUUCACGGAGACGAGUCACGGAAGUGGGGUCCCCCAUUCCUGAGAGAUUCCGAAGAUUCGGUUUACUUCAUGGCUUCGAAUCGAAACAAGAAGAGCGUUUGUGUGGAUUUGAAGAAGGGGAAAGAUGUGAUAUACGACAUGGCGCGAAAGUGUGAUGUGCUGGUGGAGAACUACAUUCCCGGAAAGCUGGACGAGUUAGGAUUGGGGUACGAAGAUCUCAAGAAGAUUGCUCCGGCGUUGAUUUACUGUUCCAUCACGGGGUACGGAUCGGUGGGACCUUAUCGGAACAAGCCCGGAUACGAUGUGAUAGCUGCUUCGAUGGGAGGAUUGCUGCACAUCACAGGAAGUGAGGAUGGCCCACCGUCGAAGGUUGGCGUGGCAAUAACCGACAUAGCAACGGGAUUAUAUGCCCAUGGAGCGAUCUUGGCCGCUCUGCUGCAACGAACCAGAACCAAUUGCGGUCAGAAGAUCGAUGUAAAUCUGCUAUCGACGCAGGUGGCUUGUCUCAUCAACGUGGCCAGUAACUAUUUGAACGCCGGAAAGGAAGCCAAGCGUUGGGGUACGGCCCAUGCUAGUAUCGUACCUUAUGAGGCUUUCCCAACAAGCAACGGUUACAUAACGAUAGGAUGCGGAAGUAACGAUCAAUUCGAGGCCUUGUGCAACUAUCUUCAAAUACGAGAAGUGGCCAAAGAUGCCCGCUUCGUAACAAAUCAGACUCGUGUCAAGCAUCGUAAAGAACUGAUCGCCAUUCUAGCGCCAAUCAUUCAGCAGCGAAGCUCAGCCGAAUGGAUGGAAAUCUUUGCUGAUGCUCCAUUUCCGGUGGGACCGAUAAACAGCAUGGCCGAAGUCUUUCGCGAUCCUCAUAUCGAGGCCAUUGAGCUCGUGAAGAGCCUUGACCAUCCGACAGCGGGUGAGGUCAAAGUCGUUGGUCCACCGGUCGUCUACAGCGAAGCUAACAAUUGUGCACGGACUGCUCCACCCUUACUGGGGGAACACACGGAUCGGGUUUUGCGUGAGCUGCUUGGUUAUCCGGAUGAUAAGAUCGAAAAGCUACGCCAGAAAGGCAUUAUACAGUGAUACUACAUGCAUUGUUGCAGUAAAACAGAUAUUAUAUGUUGUUUCUUAGAAGCAUUUGAUAAAAUAAAGCAUUUAUUUUGUAA